AUGUACAACAACAACGUCGUUAUAUUAUUAUUUUUAAUAAUAUUUCAUUAUUGUUAUUCUAUACCAACAUUAGAUAUUCGUUAUCCACAAUUUUUUCAUAUUGUUAAUAAUACGGUAGAAAUUCUUGAAGGUAAAACACCCGGUAGUUUUAUUGCAUUUAUUAAUCUAUUAAAUGACACAACAACAAACAAUAACAAUGAUUGGACAUUAACUGUUAGUAAUAAUGAUUUUACUGUUCAACCAUCGGCAGCUUUAGCAGGACGUUCAUGGACAUUGAUAACAACAAAUACACUCGAUCGUGAACGUACAUCAUUUUAUCAAUUUCAAAUUGAAGCAAAACAUCUUGUUAAACCAUUUCAUACACUUUAUCAAAAAGUCAACAUAAAAAUAUUAGAUGUCAAUGAUAAUUUACCAAUAUUUAAUCAUUCUCUUUAUUUAUCUAACAUAAAACCAACUAUUGAAUAUGAUGAAUUGAUAAUACAAGUGAGUGCAUAUGAUUUAGAUGAGGGAAAAAAUGGUGAAAUUAUUUAUAGUCUUAUUAAUUAUAAUGAUUUAUUUCGAAUUAAUUCAAAAGAUGGACGAAUAUUUUAUAUUGGUAAAAAUAAAUUAAAAUCUGAUACACGUUAUGAUGUUAUUAUACAAGCACAAGAUAUGGGUGAACCACCAUUAUCCAGUACAACAUUAUUGAAAGUUAAUAUAACAUCAUCAUCAUCACCAUCAUCAUCAUCAACAUCUCUGUCCAAUUCAUGGCUUAUACUUACCGGUAACGGAAAUGGUGAACAAAAUCCAAAAAGUAUUUUAAUUAUUGCUGGUUUACUAGCACUUGUAUUUGUUUUCUGUUCGAUAAUUAUCUGUUCCGUUUGUCGAUAUCGUUUAAAACGACGAAAAAAAUUAUUAAACAAUAACAAUGGUAAUAUAAAUAAUACAAAUGAUAGUAGUGGACGACGAUUAAAAUCGACAUCAUCUUCGGCAUCAUCAUCGUCAUCAUCCGGUUCAAUCACCGAUAAUGAUUUACAACAAAGAAUAAAUGUUGCCAAUGGUGAAUAUUGUCAUACAGAUGAUGAUCAUUUUGAACGAGCGGUUCUAUAUGAUCCAAUUGCAUCGUAUCCCAACUCAUAUAUUCUUCUAAAACAGAAUGAUAGUCAAACUCCAUCAUCAUCUUUAACAUGGUAUGGUUAUGAAAAUAAUAAUACAAAUAAUAACAAUAACAAUAAUAGUAAUAUUCUGAAUGAUCAUCAUGAUAAAGUGCAAUAUACUAACUCUCCAAAUAAUCAAUUACAUUGUGAUGAUAAUCGAAUAAAAUUACAAACAUUAUCAACUGAUAAUAAUACAAAUCGUCAAGGAUCGUCAUCUACCUCAUCACCAGUACGUUCGGAUGAUGGAUGUUAUUGUUCGUCGGAUAUGUCUUCGGAGCAAUCGAAUCAUUCAGCAUUUGCUCUACAACUUGACUCAUCACAAGGAUUUUUAUUAAAUCCAUCUUCAUUGUCUUCUACUGAUCCACAACAAUCACAAACAGUAAGUAUUAUUCAUAAUGAAAAUUGUCGACUUAAAACAUCGAAACACGUCAGAUUUAAAGCAGAUAAUACAGUAAUGAUGAUUAAUACAUCAGUGUUAUCGGGUACAACUUCAGUUGAUUCUACGACGGCCAUGAAACGUUUUGAAAAUAUUUAUGGUGGUAAUAAUACUACAAAUACUACAUCGCAUACAAUUGAACCACAUGCAUCCUACGUUUAG